AUGGGGGUCUGGAACUCAGGCGCCGGUAUCCUCCUAAGUCUCUGGGGGAUGUACGUGUCUCCAAGAAGCCCGGGAUGGAUGGGCUUCGCGCAACACUUGGGAACUUGCUGUUUCGUUGCUCUCCUUUCAGUGGGCCUCCUCUCGGUGGCCUUCUCCUGGCUUCUGUCCUCGCUCACAGUCUUCGUCACCUCCUGGGCGAUCGUGAGCGCUCUGCUGAGCUGCUCCAAGCACGCGAGAUGCUUCCUCGCCCUCCUCGCCCUCUCCUGCGGCCUGCGGGAGGGCAGGAACGCCCUGAUUGCAGUGGGCACAGGGCUGGUGAUCUUCGGACACGUGGAAAAUAUCUUUCACAACUUCAAAGGUCUCCUGGACAGUAUGACUUGCAACCUGAGGGCAAAGAGCUUUUCCAUACAUUUGCCACUUUUGCAAAAGUAUAUUGAAGCAAUUCAGUGGAUUUACGGCCUUGCCACUCACCUGAAUCUAUUCGAUGGCCUUGUUUCUUGGAACCAGACUCUGGCAGUCUCUCUUUCCAGUCCCAGCCAAGCCCUGGAGGCCCAGCUAAAUGACACUAAAGGCCGAGUCGUGGGGGUCUUGUACCAGUUGGUGACGGCGACAGAGGUGGUGUCCUCCCUGGGACGGCAGCUACUGGCCCUGGCGGGGCUUUUGCUGGUGCUUCUCGGCACCGGCCUCUUCAUGAAGCGCUUUUUGGACCCUUGCGGUUGGAAGUUUGAGAACAUCUACAUCACCAGGGCGUUUGUUCAGUUUGACGAGAGGGAGAGGCGUCAGCACAGACCCUGCGUCCUCCCGCUGAGCGGGAGGGAGAGGAAGAAGUAUGUGGUCAUCCCGUCCUUCCGGCUGACGCCUAAAGAGAGGAAAAACCUGGGCCUGUUCUUCCUCCCCAUACUGACCCACCUCUGCCUCUGGGUGCUGUUCGCGGCCAUCGACUCCCUGCUGUACCGGCUCAUUUUCUCAGUGAGCAGACACUCCCGGAGCCUGCCGGCGCUGGAGGUCCACCUGAAGCUGCACAGGGAGGAGCAAGGAACUCAAAACAUCAUCCAUGAUUCCCUCUUUAAUGUAUCUCUGUUUGAGCCCACCUGCAUCCCUAAACCAAAGCUCCUUCUGUCUAAGACCUGGGUUCCUCUCAGUAUUAUCCUUGUGAUACUAGUGGUGCUAGGACUGUUGUCCUCCUUCCUGAUGCAACUGAAAAUCCUGGUGUCAGCCUCCUUCUACCCAAGCGUGCAGAGGGAGCGCGUCGAAUACCUGCAUGCGAAGCUACUAAAGAAAAGAUCAAAGCAGCCAGUAGGAGACGAGAAAAGGCAGCUGUGUCUGUACUUUACAAAGAUUCAUUUCUGGCUUCCUGUCCUAAAAGCGAUUAGAAAGAAACAAGUGGACACUGCAAGUGACAACAGUCCAUGA